GGCACGCCGCGGAAGGCAGAAGCGCGGCGGCGCAAGAUGGCGGCGGUCGGGUGGGGGUGCGCGCUGCUGGCGCUGCUCCUGGCGGCGGCGGGCGGCGCGGCCGCGCUGGGCAGGCCGAGCCCGGUGCGGGUGCUGUCGGACGGCACGUGGAGGGAGCUGCUGCACGGAGAGUGGAUGGUGGAGUUCUACGCGCCCUGGUGCCCGGCCUGCCAGAGCCUGCAGCCCGAGUGGGAGAAGUUCGCCGAGUGGGGGGAGGACCUGGACGUGAACAUCGCCAAGGUGGACGUCACGGAGCAGCCAGGGUUAAGUGGGCGAUUCGUCAUAACAGCUCUUCCUACCAUCUAUCACUGUAAAGAUGGGGAGUUUCGGAAAUACCAGGGCGCGAGAACUAAAACUGACUUCAUAAAUUUCAUCAGUGACCAGGAAUGGAAAUCCAUCGAACCGGUUUCGUCCUGGUUUGGUCCUUCUUCUUUCCUGAUGAGCAGCAUGUCGGCGUUGUUUCAGUUAUCAAUGUGGAUCAGGCACUGCCAUGGUUAUUUAACAGAAAGCGUUGGAAUACCAGCUUGGGGCUCAUAUGCCAUUUUUGCGUUGGCAACUCUGUUCUCAGGACUGAUACUGGGACUCGUAAGUGAACCCCUUGAAGCAGAGUGGCUUGUGCCUGCUGUGGUGUGUCUUUGCUUUAACCUUGGCUUUCUUUGGUUUCAGAUGAUGGUGUUCUUGGCAGACUGUCUCUGCCCUUCCAAAAAACACAGACCACCGCAGUACCCUUAUUCAAAAAAGCUAGCUCCAGAGUCAGCUCACCUGUUGAAAAAGCUGGAUGAAGAACAAGAAGCGGACGAAGAAGAUAUCUCGGAUGAUGAGGCAGAGGAUAAGGAGGAGUCUGACAGAAACUCGUCACCAAAUGCUGUACGACAGCGCCCAGUGAACCCUGCUGUGACAGCGGAUAAAUCUUAGCAUUAUUUGCACGCAGGAUUAGUGUUCGUGAGUCACCAAAUCAAAAGGAGUUAAAUGUCAAAUCCUUCACCUCGAAGAGAAGAGUGACUCCUGUCAUGGUAGUUCUGAUGCAUUUCACUAAUUCAGAAUUAAAGUGUCUUCGGUACCAGGUACUCAAAACUAAAACUUGCUGUUGCACAUGGCUGAAGCCUCUGUCUGCGUGCAGAGGAGUACCAAGAAAUGACGUGGCUUCUCAGAUGACUUGUUCUAUAGGGAUUUUUUUUUAAUAGAAUGUAAACCAUUGUAUUAGGGAACGUUAGCAAGAAAAAAAUGCACUAACCUGUUCGCUGUUAAAGCAUUCAGAAGGGUUUCUCAGCACAACUCUAGUUGUGCUCUGAAGAAAUGCUGAGGGGAAAAGUUCCUUCAGUUCAUGGGAUGUUUUCCGGGCUUUCUGUGCGGCCAACCUGUGCUUUCAGCUACGACAAUGAGUGCUACAAAAACCCCAGUCUUCUCCUAAAGAAGUAAAGGUUACUGCCUUCGUUUAGAGGAACAGAAGCUUCCCUCCGAGCAAAAGGUAGAGCGUGUCAUUGCAAUCCUCACGGAUGGAGGUUGCAAGCAGCGCUGUGUGUGGUACAGAUAGGUUUCUGGUAAAACAAUUACUUGCAUCAAUUCCCUUUAGAAAAGGCUAUAAAAAAGCGUAUGAACUUCUGGUUGAAGUAGUUCUACUCCAGAAAAGUAUUACAAGUAGCACUGUGAAGUCUUUUCUGUCUCACUGAUAGGGACAGCUGACACGCAGGGUUCUCUGCUCAGGGCAAAUCCCAUCCAUCUGUCCUGCUGUAGGACUCUGCUUGGUUUUUAAUACAUCAUCAAUAACGGCUGCAUAACCAAAUUCUACUGCAAAUCCAAUCAGGCUGUACCUGGUCUGAAGCCGAACUGACUGCUUAAUUUUUUUCUUCAGAAAUGCAUCUUUUCUGUUUUCACAAAACCAUCUUGAAACAAUAUACCCUAGUUCUUUUCAAACAAAAAACCUGUGAUCUACUGUUUCCUGUCUGGUGUUCCGUUUUCACUCUGUACGGAAAUGAAUGCACAUGAGCGUUGGACUAGUGUUACCUUGCAUCUCGUGAAAAAGAUUUUCCAUGUUCUUUCAGUUAAUUUCCAAAGUAUUUGCAAGGGAAGGGUUAGUCUUAUGCCGAGUAUGCUUGGGGUUUUGACAGGCUUGUUCUUGUUGGUGUGUUUUUGUUGUUGUUUUAUUUUUUAAUUAUUCGUCUGAGUGGGCUUGCAGGACUGGCGGUUGAUAAAUCCGUGUCAGUAACAAACUUGGUUGUGAUUAAGACCACAAACAGAAGUUCUCUUGAAAAUGUCUUCACUGGCAGCAUGGCUGUUUAAAGCCAGGCUCUCUGUGAUUAUUAAGAAGACAGACCAUGAAACAAAGAGCUAGUAAUGAAUUUUGUGGGGUAGGAAAGAAACAUUAGGGGGGAAAAAAAGAUUCAAAGCUCUUGCAGGUGAAUGAGUUUACCUAAAGCUGUUAAAAAAUACUUCUGUUUUUUGUCAGUUUUAAACGCUUUGUCAGUUGCAUUUUAAGGACAUCUGACAGGUUAUAACUCGGCGUGCGCGUUGUGAAUGGAAAGGAGUGAUUCAGCAAUCCAAAUAGCUGAGUGAAUCUUCCAACAAGUUCUUAGAUGAGUAAGAAUGAGUUGUUAUAUAAGAUCCUGGAACUUCCUCCUUUGAUUUUUUUUUUUCCCCUCCUCUUUUUCUGAACAUUGGUGCUCUAGAAUGCCUUUACUCUAGCGCUGGGUUACGUGUUGACAAGAUAUAACUGCAAUGCUUGAAAGGAGCAUUUUGGUUAAAAUCCAAGUGUUCCUGUCAUUAAGUAUCAAAACCUUUCCUGGUGUUGGAACAAAGACGUGCGUGUGCCAUAAAUGCCAUUAAGGCGUUGGUCUUGUAGGAUUGCCUUAAAUUCUCUAAACGCUUAGUGUUAGCCUUUGUAACUAGGAAAAUUAAGCAAUAAAUCUGUGAAGUACUGAGGAGGACUGGUAGCACUUUGAUAAAUGGUGUAUUUAGUUAGUUUGGGGAGGGCUCGAGAAGAUGGGACACAAAUGCUGUAUGGUCUCGUUAGAAAAAAAUGGAUGAAUUGUUUUAAAAGUUGAACUUUAUGGGCUAACUUCAGUGAAUAUAUUUAAAUGUAGCUGUUAAAAAUUCAGAUUUUUUUAGGGUUUUCUAAUUUUUCAGUUACUUUAACUGGUUGUGCAAUACAGAAAGUAUAUACUGAUAACUUUUGUCUAAUGUUUAAGUCCAAAAGAACAAAUACAACCUUGUUUUCUUGCUCUCAUCUUAGAGUCCUGGUUUAACAAGAACUUCUAGCACUAACCUUGCCUUUGCCUUCUGCACUCCUACCUUUUUGUACUGCCUCCCUGCCUUAGGCAACUGAUUGAAUUCCAAAACUGCCUCUUACUCAUACGUGUUCUGAGCUGCUGGAAUCCAGCCUCUGAUGCAGACCUGUGCUUGUGAUCGUUAUAACUUACGCAAGUACUGUGUUGAUUAUCCGUAGGCAGCCUGUGUUUGCUGAUCUCUGUAAAUCUUGCUGUUCAUAUUUUUAAUAAUGUUAUGAUUUUGUCCUGUGAAUAUUGCUUCUUUUUUUCCAUCUGUAUUCAAAAGACGUUUACUGAAGAAGAGCAAAGGUUGCCGUGUAAUAAAUGUGCAUAAGAGCCUG